AAUGCACAUUUCACUCUACUUCCAUUUGUGGGUUCCCAGGCCAAGCCUGCCACUGACCUUCUGUAUGACCCCGGGUGAGUCACUUGACCCUUUGGAACCUCCGUAUCUCUUCAUCAAAUUGAGAAGCUUAGCCUAGAAGAUCUCUUGGAAAUUGGGCUCUUUUGAGAGGCUUGAGGGAGGACGUGGCUGGGAGUAGGGAGAGAAUUGGACCUCCUCAUCUCCCCAGGGAUGGGACUAAGCCAGGUGAUAUCAUAAUGGGCAGUGCCCAUCCUAAAGGAGGAAACAGGGUGGGGUAGGAGCAGAAAGUCUGUGCGGGAGAGAAGUUGAGAGAUCCUCCACAGGAGGGUCACAGCAACUAGGGGCACCUGCCAGGCUGGCGGUGUGGGCUCUCUGGGAGAGGGGGUGGUCACUGAUGUUUUGCAGGAGACCUUGGUAGGUAGAGCCUACCACAGCACUCCCUACACCACUAUGUUCCUCUCCUCCCGUAAGACCAAGACUCCCAUCAGCACCUACAGUGACUCCUACAGGGCUCCAACCUCUAUCAAGGAGGUCUAUAAGGACCCACCUCUAUGUGCCUGGGAAGCCAACAAGUUUGUGACCCCGGGCCUGGCUCAGAGCAUGCGGCGUCAUGUGGAUUCUGAAGCCCUGCAGAAGAUGCUCAAGUGUGCUGUGCAGGACUAUACUUAUAAGGGAUCCAUACCAGGCCACCCCUACUUGCCUGAGAAAUACUGGCUCUCUGAAGAGGAAGACAAAUGCAACCCUAACUAUUUGUGCAGUGACCGGUAUAACACAUGGAGGAUGGGACCUUGCAACUGUACCGGCUGUAACAAAUAUACCACAUGCCUUCCCCGACUGCCUAAGGAGGCCGGGAUGGAGACAGUAGUUCGAGGAAUGCACUUGGAGUACCCUCCUAAGCCGGAGCGACUCAAUGCCUAUGAGCGCGAAGUGGUGGUGAACAUGCUGAACUCGCUGUCAAGGAACCAGCCGCUGCCACAGAUCACGCCCCGAUGCCGGUGCAUGGACCCGCUGCUGGGCCGCCUGCCCUUCCAGGGUUAUGAAAGCACUUGCUCAGGACGCCACUACUGUCUGCGUGGGAUGGACUACUGCAUCACUGGGGCACCCUGUACAGAACGCCACCUGCGGCCUUUGUGCUCCGUGCAGCCGACUGUAAGGAGUGUAUCGCCUUACGAGCACCGGCCAGGAAUGCAAUGUGCUGUUAUAACUUCCCCGCCAGCAUACUACCCAUAUCCAAACCUUAGAUGGGACACAAGUCACUUCAAGAAGACUGGUGGGCCCCAGAGAAACAACUAUGUCAUCCACCCUGAGUUUGUGUCGGAGAGUUUCCCUGACUACCACUGCUGGUAGAACCAGGGAUAGCUACGUAAGGAGGCUGAGCAAUAAAUAAACUUUUCACCCC